AUGAGUAAAAAGUUAACAACAUUUUCACCACUAAAACGACCAUCUACUCGUUCAUUAUCAUCAACAACAAAAUCAUCAUCUCAACAAGAUAAAUAUACAUUUCAAUCUGACGACGAAGAUCAUAAUACAAAACCAACACUUAUACGUAAAUCGACUACACCAAUUUUAUCAAAACGUCCUCGAGGUCGCCCACCAAAAUCUCUUAAACUUGAAGAAGAUCGUACACGUACAUCGACAUCAUCAUCAUCAUCAAAUAGUGAAAGUGAAGAUAAAAAACGACCAGUUACACGACGUGGUUCAAGACUUGGUUCACAAACAAAUACACCAACAAUUAAUCAAAUACGUGAAAAAAUUAAAAUAAAUUCUACUCCACCAAUUCUUAUCACACCUAAAAAACGUGGUCGAAAACCUAAAAUGCUUUCGACAAUAACACCAACGACAACAACUACAAUGGCAACAUCGGAUGAUCAACAAAAACAUGAAACAGAAAAUCUUAUUCCAUCAUCAUCAUCAAUCAAACGUCAAUAUAAUAAAACAAAUGAAAAAGAUCUUAUGCAAUUUGGUUCACCUGAACAAGAUGAUUUUAGUGAUGAUUCAGUUGAUUUUGUUUGGAAAGGUUCAAGUAAAAUGUCAAUUGAAAUACUUAAACGUCGUAUACCAAAAGAUGAAGCACGUGAACAUUAUUCAUCAUCAACAGCAACAUUACAAUCCGAUCCAACAGCACAACGUAAACGUGCUAUUAUACCACGUUUAACUAAUUUUGAUGCUCUAUCAGGACAACCAGUUGAAAAUUCAACAAACAAUAAUAAUAAUAACGAUGAUAAUUUACCGAAGAAAAGUAAUUCAGUUAUUACAUUAAAUAAUGCAUUUCAAAAUGAUUUUGAUUAUUCUUAUAAUGAUACGGGUACUAGAAUGAGUACAACAAUAACAACAAAUGAUGAUAAACCACGUCCACGUGUUUAUGCUGUUAAAAGUACAACAAUGAAAUCACGUCCACAGCAGCAGCAACAACAGCAAUCGGAUAUUAAACGACCAAAAUGGAUGAAUGAUCAACAGGGAGGAGGAGGAGAUGAUGAAGAAGAUGAACAUAUACAACCAACUGCUGAUGAACCAGCUGAUUAUGAUUAUAUUCCAAGAGGACAAUAUUCGGGUAGACGUCCAACUUAUCGUGGACGUGCAACAUAUACUGGCCGACGUGGUACUGGUAUGCGUGGUAGACCACCAGGUUCAAGACGACAUUGGACGAAUGAUGAUGAUGAUGAUGAUUAUGAUCAGUAUGAAGAAAGUAAUUCACGAUACGGACCAAGAAAACAAAUACCUUAUCGACCAUCAAGACCAUAUGAUACAGCUGAUGAUGAUUAUGAUGAUAAAAGUCGUCGUAUGAGUUUAACACAAGCUUAUCGUCGUAAUAAUGAUAUUCGUCAACCAAUUGGUGGUACUCGUCGUAUUGGAAUAAAUAAUGGAAAUCAUCCAAUAUAUAAAGAUGAUGAUUAUUAUCAACAACAGCAACAACAACAAUCACGAACAACAACAAAUCGUCUUCCAACAACAAAUUCAACAUCAAUUAAUACUGGUAAUACAUUUGUUGCAAAAAUCAAUGAUGCACAAUUAAGUGAAGUAGCCAACCAAUCACAAAUCUUUUUUGUUAAUAUGCCACAACAAGAUCAAAAAAAUCAACAAGUCCUUUCGGUACUUGCCUCGGAACAACAACAAGUCUUACCAGUAGCCGUUGUUCAACAAGCUAAAGUUGAAACACCAUCAUCAUCAACACAAAAUAAUCCAACAACAUCACAAAAUCAAACACUAGCAUUUACAGUUAAAUUACCAGUUGAUACACCAAAACAAAAGAAAAUUUUACCUAAACCAUCAUCAAAUAAUUCAUCAUCAAUAAAUUCAACAACAAAUAAACCAUUUGCAUGGUCACGUCCACCAGGUCGUAUACAAUUAAAUAAUGAUGAACAAACGAUGGGUAAAGGUUUAACAAUAACGCCAAUUAAUACAGAUUUAGAUACUAUGGAAGCCGCACAUGUUUUAGCAACAGCAGCUGAUGUUACCAUGGCUGCUGAUGCACGUCGAAAAGCACAACAACAUGAUGAUGAUAUGUCAAUGAUUGUUGAUGAAACACCAUCAAAUAUCGCUAAUGAAGAAACUGUUCAAUGUGAAGAUGAUGGACAAAAAAAUCAAUCACAACAAAUAGGUACAAUAACAGCAAAUAUUAUUGAUGAAAAUGGUAUUGAACAUACGGUGAUUCUAUCAACAGAAGAAGCACAACAGUUACUUGGCUCACAAGGAGCUAUUAUUGUUGAUGGUGAUGGACAGCCAAUCUCAAUUCAACAAGCACAACCUCAAACAUUUCUUUCUCCAUUUGCUCUUGAUCAAGCUCAAUUACAAGCAUUACUUACACAAGCUGGUAUCGAUCCAAAUACUCCAUUAACAAUAGAACAAAUUGAUCCUAAUCAACAACAAGUUGCUACUUUAUGUACAUCACCUGGUGGCACACAAUAUACCGUCCUUACACAAGGUCAUGGACAACAACAACAGCAACAACAAUUUAUUUUACAAACAGCACCAAUUAAUGAACCACCACCUUCACUUCCUCCUCCACCACCGCAACCCAUUGCUCCAAAAGAAGAUCAUUCAUCGCCACCAAAACGUCGAGCAUUUGCAGUUAAAUCAACAAUGUCAACAACUGAAUCAUGUGAUGAUAUGAAUAUGAAUGAAAGACCACGUCGUAAAAUCUUUGCUACAAAAUCAACCGUUACACCAAUUGAACAGAUUGAUGACGAAGGUAUUACUGGUACUCGAGCUUAUCAUCGAAAAUAA